AGGAUUAUCGCUGUCCUGCCUCUGUUUACUCUCCAAGUAAAGGACCUACAGCUAUUCAUCGUCUCUGUACCCUUCCCCACAACUGCAAGGAUCCAGAGGACGAUACAAGAAGACACAGAAGGCAGUGGAUCGAGUGGAAGUGACGGAGGAGACACAAGAUAUGAGGACGCCGCGACCCCGUGGAGUAAACUGUGGAGGAGCCGUACUACGCCAUCAGUGCAGUGACUCAGUGUUGUGUGCAGUGCAGUGGUGUGUUCAGUGCAGUGUGGUAGUGAGGGGGCUGUUCACUACGUCCUACGGGGUCGAGUAUGUGUGCAUGGGGAAGGCCAACUCUGACCCGACUGAGCACUCUUUCGGCAAGCGCCGCACCAUGUGCGGCGCCAACUACUGGACGAGCGUGCAGAACUUCAUGGUGAGCAACAGGUUGGCCCAGCGCCUGCAUUUGCUGAAGCUCGCCGGGUUCUUCCCCGGGGACGUGCAGGCCGACCUGGACCGGGCCAAGGCAGAGGAGAAGGAGGACGACGAGGUGAUCUUGGCCCAGCUUGCCAGGGAGCUGGCCGACGACCAGCCGGACCCGCCGACGGACGAGUUGCUCCUCGCCGCGGUCGGCAACUACGCCGGCUACCUGGCCAGGAAGGUCCAGGCCAACUCCUCUGUGGCCGAGUGCUGCAUGCAGGAGCUUGCCCAGCAGGAGGAGAUGAAGAUUACCGUGGAGCUCGAGAGGGGCGACCCGCCCUCUGUGAUGUUCGACGCCCUGGUCGAGCUGGUCGACAGGGGAGAGCUGGAGACGGGCCGGGCGGUCCUGAAGCGGCCAUCUCUCCCAAUGGCCCACAUGGCGUCCUUCGGGAUGUCGCUGUGGGACUCCCUGAUGUGCAGGGAGGACAAGAAGGAGCGCAGGUUGAGGUUCCUCUCCCUUGCCAUGCGCCACAGGGACGGGUUCAGGCACCUCCUGGAGUUCCUGGCGGCCUCAGACCCGACCUUGCAGGGGUACAGGUGCCAGGAGGGGCACAACCUGGCCAACACCAUCCUGACGCACAUCAGCAGGUCCCUCUUCAACUGUUUCGGUGCUAAUUUCUCCAAGGACGUGACCUCAGAAGCGAGGAAGAACAAGGCCUUGAAGCAGCCGACCGGCAGGAAGAGGAGCAGUAUCGAGGAGGGCAGGAAGGAGACGGCGAGGAACAGGGACGUGUACAAGUCCAGGAAACUGACCGGGGCCCACAAGUCAUAGGCCAAAAGGCUAAAGUGAUUGUUCAGGGACGAGGGCCAGAUAGCCGGCAAGACGUGCUGCGGCAAUAGUGACAUUGGAAUUCAACCAAAAUAAGUUGUGAUUGUAUAUAGAAAAAUGAAUAUUUUGCUUUUGUUGAGUAAAAUUAAGAUGUUUCUGCAUGCUUUCCUCAAGUAUUAAGUUUCUAAUGUGAAAAUUAAGUGAUUUAUUAGAUGUUAAAAACUUACGUAAAAAAUUGCACUAAAUAAAAAAAAAAUAAGUAGCUAUUUCGGGCAAAAACGUAUAAGAUAUGCUAAAUAUUGCUAUUGAUUCUGAAAAUAUAAGUGAUUAUCUCUGCAUUUGGUGAUGUUUGUGCAUCUAGCGUAAAAUCUGAGGAUUUUAUAGCCUUUUUAAGUUUUGUUAUACUUAUAUAAAAAACAAUUAAUCGGGAUUUUAUUAU